GAGAGAGAGAGAGAGAGAGAGAGAGACAGAUAUGGAGUGGGAGAUGCCGCAGAGUGACGAGCUGCCUGAUAUGGAUUGCGACUCGGGCAAUCGAGAAGGAGCAAGCGGUGGUCCGUCUUCGUCGGAGGUAUGGGCCGAGUCUGAGAUCCGCCACCUUCUCGGCAUCAGUACCGCCCAUGCCGCUGUUCCAACUGAUACCGCUUCCGAUAACGCUACUUCAUCUUCUUCGUCUUCUGAUCCUUCUUCUACUACUGCUUCUUAUCAGUCAUCCGUUCCAUGGGAUCGAGCCUCGGCUAAGAUGGGAAACAGAAGCUGCCGACGUUCCCCUAGUAUUUGCAGAGAGAAAUGGCGAAGUCUAGUCCGCAAACUCAAGGCUAACAAUAACAACAAUAAUCCUCAUCAUCAACUCCCCCAGGCCCAGCAUUCUAAUCCCUCUUCUUUCUCUUUCUUUAAAGACGCGGAGGAUUCUUCGCUCGAUCCCUAUCAUCUUCAUCACGAAGACCUCCAAUUCUCCCCCAAAGUAUACUUCUCAGGUUUGGAGCCGAACAUACUAAAUAUUCAGAGGUCAGAUGGUGACAGACGGAGUACUACCUCUGUAAUGUCUCAAAAAUGCACUCCACAAAAUGGAAGAAACACAUGGGGUUGGAGAGAGAGCAAUUCUGCAGAUAUGCCCCAAUGGAAUGGUGGUGUGGGUUGUUAUCCUGUCUCUGUACCACAUUCUGCUGGGCAUAUCAUUAUUGUGAAAUGGGGUGGCAUGAUCCGCAAAAUAGGAACUGAUGGAUCUGCGGAUGCCAUCAAGGAAGCGAUCAGAAAUGCAUUUGGUUUGAGGUCGAAACGUCCUUUUUGGGUUGAAGACGACGAUGGUGUUGUGAGGAGCUUUGAUCGUGCCAUGCCACAGACAACUUACACCCUUCACAUCGAUCCUGGUGUGACAAUUAAGCUUUAUCAUUAUGACGCAUGCAUCAGCCAGGCAAUUAACAGUGAAGAUGCAACCUUGUACAGUGAGGACGAUUUCCGUGAGCUUCUGGCCCGCAAUGGAUGGCAAUCACUAAGAGAAGUUGGGACUUACAAGGAUGUAGAGUCCAUACAAGACCUUCGACCUAUGGCUGCAUACCACCAUAGUGGAGUCAAAGACAUGAACUUAUGAAGCAUUGCAGUUUGGCUUGUCUUGGCUUUGGAAAAGGUCAUUUCUGUUAUGUUGCCAAGCUAAAGCUGAAUAAAGUUGAGAUGUGACAAACUCAAGCAUUAACGAGAUGCAGCUUGUCCUUUUAAACUAAAUAAGCACUUGGGGAUAGAUCAGUUCAGUUUUUUUUUUUCCAACAUUUUUCUUUGAUUAUGUGCACAAAUUUAGGUUAUAGAGUGCAGGUUCCCCCUUUUUUUUUAUUCUGGUUUUGUAAAUUUGAAAAAAUUUGUCCAAUGAAAAUCUUGAGGAAUGACAU